AUGCGUGAAAUAGACAGGAUAUGGAUUUCAAGCAAACUUUUAAACCAGAACCUGCCGAGGUGCCUGGCGUUGUGUGUGGGUGAUACCAGAGUGAGAGUGGUCCUCCAACAGCUUCUGAGACCUCGGGCGCCUAAGAGCUGUGAUGGAGGAGAGUCAGGGAAGGUUCCUCUUAGCCAUGCAACCCUGCGGUUUAUCUCCCAGCUGCUGUCCUUCCACAUUGACUCCAUCAACGUGAUGGUGUUAAACCUAGCCCUGUCAGAGUCUCUAUGGUACAUGACCACCUCAAGUAUUGACCUACUGCUCAACCAUCAGGGCAAAAGGUUGACCUGGGACUUUUCUGUGGAGCAGCUAAGCAGUAAAGUGCUUAAAAUCAGUCAAUUGCAGGAUACAUGUCUGGUGUAGACGUCCCUGAGCCUGGUGCUGUCUGGGGAUGUCAACCUACCAGAGCUGCAUCCAGGCCGACUGGCACUGUGUGUGAGAACACUGCUGACUGAGCUGCACGAGGGCCUGUUCCUCAGCCAGCUACUGCUUCUACCUCCUCCCCUGGAAAGCACUCUCUCUGCAGACGAAUGUGAAAAGGACGAGUUUUUCCAGACUGAAGCAGUGGAGCAGUUUCAUCAGCUGGUGCCCCAGAAG